AUGACUCUCGACCCAAUGGAAUGCCAUUGCUGUUCUGACUAUAACUUCACUGAAUAUCUGAUCACUUUCGAUUUUCGUUCGAAUCUCUUCAGAAAUAAUCCUACCGUGACCUCAGCUACCACUUCACGUGUGUCAGAUCGUUUUGACAAAUUACAACUUACUCAUAUAAGUAUGCAUAUUAUGAAUAGAAUAGUCAACGAUAGAAGUCUCAAAGUAAAACGGAAUCGGAAUGUUUUGCAAUUACAAACAUCACGACAAACAGGUAAGCAAACUGUGAAAUCAUCAUUCAUAUCAAAAUAUGUCAAUCAUCUUCCCGAGAAUAGACAAUGGCUAGAGGAUGACAAGAAUGCAGUAGGAUUUGUAGCCAAAUGA